AUGACAGUGACAUACACCAACCGUGUGGCUGACGCCCGCCUAGGCACCUUCUCACAGCUCCUGCUCCAAUGGAAAGGAAGUAUCUACAAACUUCUCUACUCCGAGUUCCUUAUUUUCAUCUCUCUCUACUUCACCAUCAGUCUUGUCUACAGGCUGAUCCUGAGUGAGAGCCAAAGGCUGAUGUUUGAGAAGCUGGCGCUCUACUGCAACAGCUAUGCUGAGCUAAUCCCCGUGUCCUUUGUGCUGGGUUUCUACGUGACUCUGGUGGUGUCCCGCUGGUGGGCUCAGUACGAGAGCAUCCCAUGGCCUGACCGGAUCAUGAACCUGGUCUCCUGCAACGUGGAUGGGGAGGACGAGUAUGGACGGCUCCUGCGUCGCACCCUCAUGCGCUACAGCAACCUGUGCAGCGUGCUGAUCUUGCGCUCAGUCAGCACUGCUGUCUACAAGCGCUUCCCCAGCAUGGAGCAUGUCGUGAGGGCAGGUCUCAUGACACCAGAAGAGCACAAGAAGUUUGAGAGCUUGAAUUCCCCCCACAACAAAUUUUGGAUCCCAUGUGUGUGGUUCUCCAAUCUGGCUGUAAAGGCAAGGAAUGAGGGGAGGAUCCGGGACAGCGUACUGCUCCAAGGCAUCCUGAAUGAGCUGAACACCUUGCGCAGCCAGUGCGGCCGACUCUAUGGGUACGACUGGAUCAGCAUCCCCUUGGUCUACACUCAGGUGGUGACUGUGGCCGUUUACAGCUUCUUCCUGGCCUGUCUGAUCGGACGGCAGUUCCUGGAUCCAGAAAAAGCAUAUCCUGGCCAUGAACUAGAUCUCUUCGUGCCUGUCUUUACCUUUUUGCAGUUCUUCUUCUAUGCUGGCUGGUUAAAGGUGGCCGAGCAACUCAUCAACCCUUUUGGGGAGGACGAUGACGACUUUGAAACCAACUGGCUCAUUGACAGGAACCUGCAGGUCUCCCUUAUGGCAGUGGAUGAGAUGCACCAGGAUCUACCCAUUCUGGAGAAGGACCUAUACUGGAAUGAGCCCGAUCCCCAGCCACCCUACACCGCAGCCACCGCUGAGUACAAGCGCCCAUCGUUCCUUGGCUCAACUUUUGACAUCAGCAUGCAGAAAGAAGAGAUGGAGUUCCAGCCCCUGGAGCAAAUUAAAGAGAACGAGGAAGCCAACCACUCCACACCGUUACUGGGACACCUGGGCCGCCUCCUCGGCGUCCAGUCACCGAGCUUCUCCAGGUCCUCUUCCCGGAUGAACCUGCUGCGCAGGCGAGGAGACCCCACGUCUCCCUUCUCCCAUUAUACGUACCAAGACAUGGGCAAGCCUGGAAGCCCUUGCAGUAUCAAUCAGCCAAGGGGAGACUCCAGCUCACAGGAACAGUGGGACAGCGAAGACGGAAAACUAAGGGAGUUUGACGCCUUCAUGUCAACCCCAUUUUACGAGAGGCCUGGUUUCUACAGUGCUCCACAGACACCGAUCAGCUCUAUCCCUAUGAUUUUCCCCUCUAGACGCCAAGGCCGCAAGAAGCCUCCUGCACUGUCCAGCAUCGCUGCAUGCUCGACUUCUCUUAGGGAUGUCAUUGUCAACUCCUCACCUUCCAGAGUCAGCGAUACAUAUAAGAGCCAGAGCUCCCUUGGCUCAGGUGCAAAGGAAACAUUUAUUUGGCCAACAGAUCGGAGCAAAGGUCCUGACUCACUGGUUGUAACAGCAGAAGAGAAGAGCAACUCUAACAGUAAAAGCAGAGAAGCUGCCACCACAGGAAGUCCAGGAGCUCAGUCCGCAGCAUCCAACAGCCCUAAAUUCCCCUUCUUGGCAGAGUCCCCAGAGCACGAGAAGCAGGGUAGCUUCAAGAGUCUGAAGAGCUUGAAAGCUUCCCACCCACCCUGGCUAAACCUGGAGAACACAGCAUCAGCCACUCCCAAUUCUGAGCAUUCAAGUGCCUUUCACACUCCCAGUAACAAAACCCCCGGAGGCAGUGCCUCCCUCUGCUUCUCAUUCACUCCCGUAACAUCGCCAGUGCUGGAGAGAUCCCACAUGGGGAACAUCGGCCCUGAUGCUCGCAGCCUAAGUUUAGAAGACGCAGCCAGCGCUCCAGACCAGCAUCCAGCAGAGGUUUCCAGGAACACAAGAGAUACUGGAAACGGGAGCAGUAAUACUCCCUCUACAAAAGAGCCAAGAAGAGCAGAGAGUCCAUCCCCCAAUGACUCUGGCAUCUCUCUAGCCGAAGGUGACUACGUGGGGCUGAUGGAGGUGAUCAUGGAGACCAGUGAAAGCACAUGUGAAGAGCAGAUAGAUCAGUACAGCUAG